GAAGUUGGUGACCGUGCACGAGGUUCGCAUGUCCAACCUUCUAUAUCUUGGAAACCCCACUUUGGACAAGGCCACCCGGUAUCUGUGGGCACUGCGCCGAGGAGUCCUCUCCCCGAGUUUCCAGGUCUCGCAAGCGCCACGGCCAAGCCCGGAGCAAUGUGGCGAAUUGUUGCGGGAUUACGGCCCGAAACUGGAAAAUGGCGCAUCCGCACUCGGCACUUCGCCUGUUCUGGUGGUGUACUUCGCAAGGAUUGUGUGCCAAACGUUCGAGUCAGCUCUCCGUGGUUUGCAGAACUUCGGCCGUAACACACAGGCAUCUCAGCGCUUGAUGGAAAAACUAUGUGACUUCGCGGGGCAGCUUGCUGCACGCCAUUUGUUGCAGAAGUCUUUUCUGCCGGAGCAGGCGCAGAUGCUAGAUCUACCGACAGAUCAAGGCCAUUGUCUCAAAGAGGGAAGCCAUCCUAUUGGGCUCGUAGCAUUCUGA